UGAGGCUCUGUCUUCUGGUUUUAUUGUGAUUUCCUGCCCCGCAACAGACUCAGAAUUAGAGAUGGUGUGAAAAUAACUCAGCACUCCAUGGAACAAAUAUAAAUAUACACAACAAAAUAAAAAAUUGACAGUGUAAGAAAGCUCCAACAGACUAUGGACGCAACUUCAACUGAGCUCCCGAACUCUUCUCCAUACAAGGAAGUCUUCUGGAGUUACCGAACUGAGCUAAUCAGAAACUUCUCUUCAGAAACCCUAAAUGCUACUGUCUGUUCCAUGGAAGAAGGCUCAUUGUCUCUUGUUUUCAUCAUUUUUUACUCCAUUAUUUUUGUCAUUGGAUUGGUUGGCAAUAUUAUAGCCUUGUUUGCUUUUUUGUGCAUUAAUCACAAAAGAAAUUCUAUCCAGAUUUACCUGCUUAAUGUAGCCAUUGCAGACCUUCUACUGAUCUUCUGCCUCCCCUUCCGUAUACUAUAUCAUAUUAACAAAGACACAUGGAUGUUGGGAUUGAUUUUCUGCAAGAUUGUUGGAACCCUAUUUUAUAUGAACAUGUACAUUAGCAUCAUACUGCUGGGAUUAAUUAGCAUGGAUCGUUAUGUAAAAAUUAACAAGUCUAUACGACGUCCAAAAAUGUUAACAGCUACACGAAGCAGAUAUAUCUGUUGCAUAUUGUGGACAAUUGCAGUAAUAGGACUCAUAAUUAUAGUUGCUCAGUCUGCUAAGAGGGAAGAAUACAAUUCGACCAUGUGCUUCCAUUACAGAGAUAAACAAAAUGCAAAAAUGGAAGCAAUUUUAAACUAUAUUCUUGUUAUAGUCUUUUGGAUAGUUUUCUUUCUACUAAUACUUUCAUAUGUUAAAAUUGCGAAGAACCUUCUGAAAAUUUCCAAGAAAAGAGCAGAUUUUCCCAAUGCCGGAAAGUACAGCACCACUGCAAGGAAUUCCUUCAUUGUACUUAUUAUUUUCACCCUGUGUUUUGUUCCAUAUCACAUAUUCCGAUUUGUCUACAUUACAUCACAAUUACAACACACAUCUUGUUACUGGAAGGAGAUAAUUCACAAAUGCAAUGAGAUUAUGCUUGUAUUUUCAGCUUUCAACAGCUGUUUAGAUCCAGUUAUGUAUUUCCUAAUGUCCAGCAGUGUUCGUAAGACUGUAUGCCAACUUAUUUGUAGAAGACUUCAUGGGGACUCAAGUGUGAGCGACAGUAUUUCAGAAAUGAAACCUGGGCAAUCUCGUCAUGAUACUGCGACUACCAUUAUCCCCCAUUCAAGCUUUUUAAAGAAAAAUUCCCUCAUCUGAUUGCUUAAAUAUAAUGGACAACCGCUUCCCAAAAAGACAAGCAGAUAAUCUACUAGAUAAUCGACACUGGAUGUACAUGGGUACAGGGAUGUACAACAAUACAGAGCUGGUAAUACUGCCUCGAGAAAAGCCUUUCCCCCCUCCUUUCCUUCCUUUUUUACAAGUAUGGGAGGUCAUACUUCAACUGCUUAAACAAAUUAAAAAUGAUUUUUGGUGAGAAAGAGCUUAACUUUUUUAUUAUUACAAAUCAAUAUGAACUUUCAUUUAAAGAUUCAUUUAGGACAGGAUUAAUCUACAGCACUUUCUUUCAGAAACAAAUUUUUAAAAUGGGACCUUGAUGUGUGCGCAAGAAGCUUUACACACCCAAAUACUUGGUAUACAUUUAUUAGCACUACUAGCUAUGCACAUAUGAUAGAAUGAAUUUUGCACAAGUAAAUCUUUACCUGUAUCUAAUUCAACCCAACUAUGAAACAGAUAUAUUACAGAUUUUAUAAAUCCAUCUUUGAAAAAAAUAUAUUUUAGCAGGCUUCAAAAAUAAAUCAGCAUCUUAACUGCAUUUAUUAAACUAACCCUUUCAGCAAAAUGUAUCAUACUCUAUUAUGAAUGUGGCUUACACAGAAGGUAAAAAACAAGACAAUUAUUAGUUCAUUUAUUGGAAAAAUGUGCUUUAUAUUUUGUUUAUUAAGCAAAAUUAGAAUAUUCAACUACUAAUUUUGAAAUCCUCUAACAAGCCUUCUAGAACCUUCAUGAUGUUAAACACCAAUCUUAACUCAGGUGGGAAAAAAGUCAAAAUACAGGAAAGUACGCAAUUCACAUUUUGAGGCGUUGGGAGGAGGAGGAGGAUUAUCCAAGAUUUGUUUCAAAAUUCUAUUGACAAAUCUAAUAAUUUCAAAACAUACAUGCAUGCCAAAAUCUCAACAAGGAUAAGAAAUUCAGAACGAAAGACAGUUAUAUAAACUGUAAACACAAAAUUAAGCUAUUGUGGAUGUAGAAGGAUUUGAAAUGAGCAGCGUUUUGUCAGUUCUGGUCUCUGUUCAACCCCAAUUACCUAGAUUUUGAGGUUAAUAUCUACUUGUAUAUUUCCAAAACCAUUUAUUUCAAAUAUAAUACCUCUAUGGCAGAGACCAUGUCUUUUAACAUGACUGAAGUAUCAUACUCACCAACGAUGUUAUGCAAAUAACAAUCAAAUAUUAAAUGUGGACUCCAUACUGUAUAGCCCAAUUCAAGAUUAAAACCAAGCAGAUUUAUGCAGUUAAUGUGUGCAGGCUGAGUAAAAUUUUUAACAAAGUUAAACUAGCCUUGAUGACUGGGGUGAGUGAGGGAGGGAGCUGGAUUAAGAAUGGAACUUGAAUCUCUAAUGUGAUAGGCCACAAUACUGGACAGGCCUGAAUUUUGUUUUAAACUCUAAAAUAAAGGGUCAAAUCCUGUAAAAUUUGAGUAACUUUAUUCAAGUGAGUAGUUGUAUUGAAGUUGAUGAAAACACUCAUGUGACUGCUCACUACAUCUUUGCAAGACUGGAUCCUAAGGCAUCUGUCAUAAAUAUAAAGGGAAGGCUAACCACCUUUAAAUCCCUCCUGGCCAGAGGAAAAAACCCUUUCACCUGUAAAGGGUUAAGAAGCUAAAGAUAACUUCGCUGGCACCUGACCAAAAUGACCAAUGAGGAGACAAGAUACUUUCAAAGCUGGAGGGGGGCGGUUUAAACAAAGGGUUCUCUCUGUCUGUGUGUUUUCUUUUGCCGGGACCAGAGCAGGAAUGCAGGUCAGAACUCCUGUAAAGGGUUAAUAAGCAAUCUAGUUAGAUAUGCGUUACAUUCGGUUUUGUUUAAAUGGCUGAUAAAAUAAGUUGUGCUGAAAGGAAUGUAUAUUCCGUGUUUUUUUUUUUUUUUUUGGUAACUUAAGGUUUUGCCUAGAGGGAUGCUCUAUGUUUUGAAUCUGAUUACCCUAUAAGGUAUUUACCAUCCUGAUUUUACAGAGGUGAUUCUUUUACUUUUUCUUCAAUUAAAAUUCUUCUUUUAAGAACCUGAUUGCUUUUUUAUUGUUCUUAAGAUCCAAGGGUUUGGGUCUGUGUUCACCUAUGCAAAUUGGUGAGGAUUUUUAUCAAGCCUUCCCCAGGAAAGGGGGUGUAGGGCUUGGGGGAUUUUUUGAGGAAAGACAUUUCCAAGUGGGCUCUUUCCCGGUUAUAUUUUGUUACACGCUUGGU